UCGAUCAUUUGCGUGACAUCGUGACCUAACCAUCGCGGACCUCCAUCUUGGUUCCGUGUAGACAUCCGGUAGCAGCUAUCGCAGCUUGUAAUUAUGGCAACAGUCGAGACAAAGUCAUUUUAUCAGUUUGGGAACAGCUCCCUGGCUGUUCCCUUGAGCCUUCACACUAUCAACCGAAGACGACUUUGUGAGCGACUUACCGAUAACAAAGCUGUUCCAAAAGGAGCAAUGAUAUUACUUCAAGGAGGGGAGCAGCAUCAAAGAUAUUGCACAGAUGUAGAUGCUGUAUUUCGACAGGAGUCAUUUUUCCACUGGACAUUUGGUGUACUAGAAGCAGGUUGUCUUGGUGCAGUUGAGGUUGAAAGCACCUGUGCUAUUUUGUUUUUUCCCAAACCUCCUCCAGGGUAUCAUAAAUGGAUUGGGGUGAGGAACAGUUUAGAGCACUUUAGGAAACGUUAUGAAGUAGAAGAAGUCUACUACACCAACCAGAUUGCUGAUGUGUUGCAAAAGAAAAAUCCCUCUGUUAUUCUCACAUUAAAAGGUGUAAACACAGAUUCAAGGCACAUUUGCAAUGAAGCUACAUUUGAAAACAUUAACAAGUUCCAUGUAGACAAUACUAUUUUACAUCCAGAGAUUUCUGAAUGUCGUGUAUUCAAAACAGCUCAGGAACUGGAAGUGAUUCGUUAUGCUAACAAAAUCAGCAGUAAAGCACACAAGGAGGUGAUGAAACGUAUCAGACCAGGGAUGUCCACAUAUCAAUUAGAAAGUCUGUUCCAGCACUAUUGUUUUUAUCACGGGGGAUGCCGCCACUUAGCCUACAACUGCUUAAUGGCAAGUGGUGUCGACUGUGCUUGUCCUUCUCAUACAGUUGAAGUGGAUAGUAAAGUUAUACGGGAUGGAGACAUGUGUCUAUUUGACAUGGGUUGUGAGUAUUACUGCUAUGCUUCAGACAUCACGUGUUCAUUUCCAGCCAAUGGCAAGUUUACAGACGAUCAGAGAAUGAUUUAUGAAAUUUGUCUGCGGGCAAACCGAGCAGUUAUGAUAGCAAUAAAACCUGGUGUCAGCUGGGCUGAUAUGCACCGUUUAGCAAACCGUGUUCAACUGGAGGGCCUCAGAGACAUAGGGCUCUUACAAGGGGACAUAAAUGAGAUGAUGAGGUUACAUGUGGGUGCUGUUUUUAUGCCUUAUGGUUUGGGACAUUUGAUGGGCCUUGAUGUACACGAUGUUGGAGGAUAUCCAAAGGGAACCGAAAGAAUUAAUGAACCAGGCCUCUGCUCGCUCAGAACUACCCGUGUCCUGGAGGAAGGCAUGGUGCUCACCAUUGAACCAGGAAUUCAUUUCAUUCGUGGAGUUAUCGAGGAGGCACUAGAAAAUCCUGAGACGGCGUGUUUCUUCAACCGAGAAGUCUUAAACCGAUUAUGGAAUGUUGGAGGGGUCCAUAUCGAAGACGACAUAGUGGUGACGUCAGAAGGCGUGGAGCUGUUGACAGAUGUGCCUCGUACGGUAGAUGAAAUCGAGGCUCUGAUGGCUCAGGAAUCUCAAGGAUCAAACUGAUAUUUUCCUUAUAACCUCUCGAUGUAAAGAAAACUUUAACUCUUGUUGUUGUUCAAUGUGAUAUAAACCCAGAUCAAGUUUCCGGAGCACUCCAUCUGUCCCUCUCCUAUCGUCUCCAGUAUUCACCGCCCCGCCCCCCCCCCUCCCCCAUACUAACCCAAAACACACCACAACCUCUUACAGAGAACAGCUGCAUCUCUCCCAGGAAAAGAACGCUAAAAAACUAACGACAACGUAAAAGAUGAUUUAUUAGAAUUACCUAUAAGAAUUUUCCCGUCUAUUUAAAAAACAGAGGGUUUUAAAAUACGACCUCUGAAAAAAGGAGACCUUGGUUAUGACCACGUGGAACUGUCCUCUGAAAGGUUGAAAUCAGUUCACAUGUCAACUGUAAGUCAGUAAAUUUGUAUUCUAGUCAUUACGAUUUCCGCGAUCCUAGUAAUCAUUCAAAAACCACGCUUACGUUUGACCAACUGUUGAGAACUGAAUGCCUCAGUAGAUAUCUCAAAAGCAUCCGAAGCGAGUUUUUUGCUAGAAUUCCAGCUCAGUCAAAUAAAAGAAACCAGCGAAAGGUUCUCCUUUUUUCACUUCGACAAUUUACCAUAAAAUGAAAGAAAUUUGAUGAGCCCUCGAAAACACUUUAACAGUACUGCAUGCAAACAACGAUUUUUUUUAGCCAAAAAAUAUACGGAAGGUAAUAAUAUCAGCAUAUACAGUUUAUGCAUUGGUUUUAAGCGAAAAGUGAAUCGCAUAAUCCAGAGACGUUGUAGUUCUUUGUGAAUUCAAAUAUUAACUUACAAUGCCAGAA